CCGCCAUACGCCGGUAGUCAGUCUAGUCCCCUCCAAAAUCCCUUAUUCCCUGAUUCUGAAUCUUCAGCUCCUCUAGAAUUUAGCUUCUUAAAAAAAUCACAGGUCAUAAUAGUUCUGCAUAGCAUCCAGCUCAUCGCCGUCAUGAGAUUGGGUGCCAAUUGCAUCUUGCCAUGAUUCUGACAGUGCUGAAGACCCUUAAACACAACCCCUCUCUACCAAGCCGCCGCGCUCUUGUACCUUAUUCGCAGCUUGCGCAGCUGUCGCAUUGGAGUCGAGGCCCGCGAUCGAAUAUAUUAGGACGGAUUGAACCUCGAAACCCCCUCAGGCAUGAUCGCGUAGUCGCCCAGAAAAGACACUUCUUCCGACGAAAGCCAGCCAAGGCUCCGAUGGAUUCCAAUGGCACUGUGGCCAAGGCUACUACAAUUGUACUUAUCGCCGGCCUCGCCUAUGUCCUGUAUGAGAAUGACUUUCUCCAGCCCCUGCCGCCUACGAAGACCCGGGAGCGGUUGACGGUUGAGCGAGUUGCGCGCCAGAAGCUAGAGGAGAAGAUUGAGCAGGAUGCGACGGAGAAUGUGGAGGAGCUGUCAAGCUUGCCUUUCGCAAAGGCGGCCGCUCCUGAUAAAAAUGCAGACGAUUCAUCAUGGGGCCGCUUUGCGAGCGGGUUCGAAUCACUGGCUUCUCUGAAGGAUGUUGAGUGGAGUACUGUCCAAGGAAACAUCGCUGGUUUUAUCCUGCCGGAGUGGGCAAAGAACAUCCAGGAAGGCUUGUCGAAAUUGCAGCUUGAGAUGUCAAUGGCUCCUGGAAGUCUUGCCGAUGAGAUCUGGAAGGAUGCCCAAGACCCAGAAAACAACCCCGAGAUCGCGCGCCGCGCGACCGUUCGAGUGUCCCAGGAGCUAUGCGACGAGGAAAAGGAGUUUCUGAAGAGGCGCAAAGUGGUCACCACAACCGCACUGGCAAAAUAUCUCGGUAUCCCAGAAGAAGAGGUCCAUCCGGAUGAUGUCCCUACUAUUGCUAUGGUGAGCUCCGGAGGUGGGUUGCGCGCUCUUGUCGCAGGAACAGGUUCUCUGCUUGCUGCACAUGAAGACGGCCUCUUCCAGUGCGUCACCUACACCGCCGGUGUUAGUGGAAGCUGCUGGAUGCAGGCAAUCUACCAUUCAUCUCUGGGAAAUCGCCGCUUCGACUCUAUGGUUAAUCAUCUAAGAGCGCGCCUUGGUACUCACAUCGCGUACCCACCCGAUGCUCUUACGGCUCUCAACUCUGCACCUACGAACAAGUUCCUACUUAGCGGCUUUGUCGAGAAACUGAAGGGAGACCCCGGUGCCGACUUUGGCGUCGUUGAUCUCUAUGGACUGCUACUCGCGGCAAGACUUCUCGUUCCAAAGGGCGAGCUUGGUGUCGACAACAGGAACUUAAAGAUCUCCAACCAACGCGAAAGCUUGAAAGAUGGCGAACACCCCAUGCCUAUCUACACUGCUGUCCGCCACGAGAUCCCCAUUCUUGAAGAGUCCACCGACAAGGAGAAGGAGAAUGACAGGCCAUCUGAGGAGACGAAAGCACUGGCAAAGAAGGAGGCGUGGUUCCAAUGGUUCGAGAUCAGCCCUUACGAGAUGUUCUGCGAAGAGUUCUCAGCCGGUAUUCCCACUUGGGCCAUGGGCCGACAGUUCAAAGACGGCAAAGACGUCCCGCAAGAGAACGGCCUUACAGUCCCAGAGAUGAAGCUGCCACUUCUAAUGGGUGUCUUUGGUAGCGCUAUGUGCGCUACCUUGAGCCACUAUGCGAAGGAGGUCAAACCAAUCAUGAAGGGCAUUCUACCAGUCGGUUUCUCAACCAUCAAAGACAUCAUCGAGGAGCGCAACGAUGACCUCUCCAAAGUGCACCCCAUCGACCCCGCAUCAAUCCCCAACUACUGUGUGGGAAUGAAAGACAGACUCCCCGACACAGCACCCGAGAGCAUCUUCAAGACCGAUCACAUCGAGCUCAUGGACGCAGGGAUGUCAAACAACCUCCCCAUCUACAGCUGUCUCCGCCCAGGUCGCGACGUCGAUAUCCUCAUCGCCUUCGACGCCAGCGCCGACAUCAAGACCGAGAACUGGCUCCAAGUGACAGAGGGUUACGCCCUGCAGCGUGGCAUCAAGGGAUGGCCCCUCGGUGCCGGCUGGCCCAAGAAGUCCGAUUCUUCUGAGGAAGCCGCUGCCCAGCUUGAAGACGCGCAGGUUACUUCGGCCGCUGAGGCAGAGGCGAAGCUCAAAGAGGCGAAGGCGGAUGCGGAGGCGGAGCAUAAGGCGCAUGAUAAGGCGGUUGCUAAGAAGGAUACUUCGAAAGGCAGAGUUGCGGCCGCUAAUCUUGAUGGAAACAUCGGUGACAACGGCGACCUGGGAUUCUGUAGCGUCUGGGUCGGCAGCACGCAAGAGCGCGAACACACCGAUCAAUCCACGGCCCCGCAAUCCAAGGACGAGUCCGAUUCCGAACCUAAGUCCAAAUCCGAGGAGUGGAAACUCAUGGAGCCCGACGCAGGUAUCGCAGUCGUCUACUUCCCACUCCUCGCGAACCCAGCAUUGGAAGGUGUGGACCCAGAGACCAGCCCGUACAUGAGCACGUGGAACUUCAUAUACACGCCCGAGGACGUGGAUAACGUUGUUGGGCUUGCGAAGGCGAAUUUUGAGGAGGGGAAGGAGAGGACGAGGCGGGUGGUGAGGGCGGUGUAUGAGAGGAAGAAGAGGGCGAGGGAGGAGAGGGAGGGGAGGGAGAGGGAGGAGGUUUUUAGGAGGAAUAUGAGGAUGGGGGCUGUGGGGGAGGAUGGGGGGCAGGAGCAUGCUUAG